AUGAGUUCAGUGGAGACCCCACAGCCCACCGAACGCAAAUCCCGAAAAUCGGUCACUUUCACGAGAGAGCAAUUAGUUGUCGACCCCGACGGAUCUGUGACCCUGGUCAACGCGACCGACAAUUCUAAAGAAACGGCCAUGUCGCACACACCCCGCACCCCGCCUCUCUCGGCGGCGCUCGAGUCAUUUUCCGACUCGGCCAAGCCUGAGGAUGAUGCUGCUGCUGCCCCGGCCAACGAUGACGCCCCUGAGGAUGGCGGCCUCGACCUCUCCCUACUGAAGAAGAAGAAGAAGAAGCCCAAGAAGGCUGAUGAGGGCGAAGAGGAGGCCGCCGCUGAUGAUGGUGGCCUCGACCUCUCAAUGAAGAAGAAGAAGAAGAAGAAGGCCAAGGAAGGUGACGAGGACGAGUUUGCCCAGAAGCUCAAGGCCCUCGAUAUCGAAGGCAAGGAGGAUGGUGCAGCUGAGGCCAGCACUGCGGAGACCACAUCGGCCCAGGAAGGGGAUAUGGAAAUCGGAACGGGAAUCUGGGCCCACGAUGACACUCGGAUCAUCACCUACAACCCUCUCCUCAAGCGCUUCUUCGCCCUCCUCUCCCAGAAGAACCCCGACCAUGCCCUCAGCGGCACCAAGAGCUACAAGAUUCCCCGCCCCAAUGCAUGCCGGAUGAAGCGAACCGACGAGCAUGUGACCGCCUACUUGUUCGCCGAGUUGGGAACCAGUGGUUCAGUCGACGGCAACAGGCGCCUCGUCAUCAAGGGACGUUUCCAGCAGAAGCAGAUCGAGAACGUGCUAAGGAAAUAUAUCAUCGAGUAUGUCACUUGCAAGACCUGCAAGUCGCCCGACACCGAGCUCAGCAAAGGAGAAAACCGUCUUUACUUUAUCACGUGCAAUUCUUGCGGAUCAAGGCGCAGUGUCACUGCUAUCAAGACUGGUUUCUCGGCCCAAGUUGGAAAGAGGAAGAAGCUCCCGUAA